UAAUCCAUCCAUUUAGCAACUUUUGACGAACUUUUCUCGUCUCCCAAAGCAUCUCCCAUUUCUUUAAGUACAAUUUGUUUGUUUUCUUCCUUGUCUUCACUAGAAACUAGGACUAUUACACUCUUGUUUCAUUUUCCCAUCAGUUGAAGCAGCUGAAAGGGUGAACCCUUCGUAUUUGUAUAUGGUUUGUCUUCACCUGCCAGUCCAAUUGCAUGUUAUGGCAAAUUUUGAAGAGUGCUUCUUGCUUCCUUUAGCAUUGGCAUGAGUUAUUACUGUUCCCUGUUUCAGCAAAAUCACCUCUUUGUACUCUACACCAAUCUUUAAUAUUGGCAAAACAUAUAAAAUUUCUUCCUAAAAUUUCACGGCUAAAAUAUAGUCCAUACUUGAGCUGGCAUUUAUGGAUCUUAACUACUGUGAACCUCCACCUCUGUUUCCAUCUCAAGGGGAAGCAAUAUUAGAAGGGAACAAUGGGAACCCAUUUUUGGAUAAUUUUCCUGACCCGCUUUGUAAACUUAAUCUAAAGGAGACUUCUGAUUUUGUAAAAUCAUUGCCAACAGCAAGCAAUAAUGGAGUUGAAAGCAGAGGGUUUAUAAGGAAGGAAGGAGGAGUAAGUUCAGUGAUAAGGAGGAAUAUGGAUGCUCCAUCAACACCGGGUCGACCCAUUUUCAGCUUCAGUGUUGGGAAUUUUCCAAGAAAGAAUUUUCCUUCAAAAUGGGAUGAUGCAGAGAAAUGGCUUGUAAAUGGAAGCCCUGCUUCUCAUCAUCAUCAACAUUAUGGCUUAAAGCCAACAUUAGAAUCUUCAAAAUUGUCAAAGCAGUGUAAUAAUGGGUUCAAGCUAAAAGAAGCUGAAAAUGUGUUUGCAGAAAAAAACAGAGUUAUUGAUGAAAAGGUAUCAAAAGUGGCUUCAGAUUUUCAGGUUUCUUUACCUUUAAACCAUCACCGCAUUUCUGCCGGAGCUUCCAAUACUGUUUCUUCUGCAGCAGAUGUUUUUCUAAAAGAUAAGUUCACAGAUGAGGUGGAAUCUAUUUAUCCCAAAUUUAGGUACUUAGAACCUACAAAAGAAGGAUUUUUGUUCGGAAAUGGGGCAGGAAAAUCCAUGAAAGAAGCAACAACAGAGGUAAUUCAUGAGAUUAAUCACAGAGAUAUUGGCACAGAAAUGACUCCAAUUGGCAGCUCUACUACUUCAAGAUGUCACACUCCAUUCAAGAGCCCGUCACCUGCUCGACACAAUACCCCUGCAGAUAGAUCUGGACCAUUGGCUUUACCAAGUUCUGGUUCUGAUAGCACAGUUGAUAUAAUGCAAUUGCAAGAGUGUCAUUUAGCAAAAUUGCAGUUCGGGACACAAUUUGACUCUGUUACGACUAAUUGGAGUUCGAGGGAAGAAGAGGAGGAGGAUAUAUCGAAGAGUUUGAGACAUUUUGAGAUAAAUAAUGAAUGCAGAAAGAGUGUCUCAGAGUCCAAAAUGCGAUCGUGGGAAGAAGAAGAGAAGAAUAAAUGCUGCCUCAGGUAUCAAAGAGAAGAAGCAAAAAUUCAGGCCUGGAUAAACCUCCAAAAUGCAAAAGCAGAAGCUCAAUCAAAAAAACUUGAGGUGAAAAUCCAGAGGAUGAGAUCAAAUCUGGAAGAGAAAUUAAUGAAAAGAAUGGCGGUUGUUCACAGAAAAGCUGAAGAAUGGAGAACUACAGCUCAGAUUCAACACAAGGAACAAAUAGAAAAAGUGGCUGACCAAGCACGGAAGAUGAUGUUGACUAGGCAAAACUCACAUUUAUCUGCCCAAACUUCCUGUGGUUGUUUGCCAUGUCGUAACCAUCAUAUUUAAUUCUAAUCGGGCAGCAAAGUUCAAAGA